GAAGCGGAACCUGUCUUCUCGGCGAGCCCCAUAACUGUAGUCCCGCCUCCCGUCAUGUCUGGUUACGGGGUGUCCAGCUUUUUCUCAGGGCCGGAGCUGCUGGAGGAUCCGGCUCACGCCUCGUCCCUGCUGGCGCAGCUCAAGUCCUUCUACGACUCCAGUCUCCUGUGCGAUGUCACCAUCCGCGUCCUGGGCGGGAGCCCUGAGGAGCCCGGCGGCUCGGAGGACCCGGAGAACAGCAGGAGCUUCCACUGCAACCGCAACGUGCUGUCCGCCGCCUGCCCCUACUUCCGGAGCAUGUUCACCGGCGGCCUGUACGAGAGCAAGCAGCAGCAGGUGACGCUGCACGACAUGAGCCCGGAGUCCAUGGCGCUCAUCAUAGAGUACUGCUACACGGGCAGGGUGAUGGUGACCGAGGCCAACGUGCAGCGCCUGUAUGCGGCCGCCGACAUGCUGCAGCUGGAGUACGUGCGGCAGGCGUGUGCCGGCUACCUGGCCCGGCGGCUGGACCUGCACAACUGCGCCGCCAUCCUGCGCUUCGCCGACACCUUCGACCACUGUGAGCUGCGGAGCCGCGCUCUGGCCUUCAUGGCCCGCCAUUUUGACCAGUUUGUAACCAGUGAAGAGUUCUGUGAGAUGAGCCUGGCCCAGCUGAAGAUGGUGCUGAGCAUGGACAACCUGGACGUGGGCAGCGAGCGGAUGGUGUGCGGUGCCGCGCUGCGCUGGCUGGAGGCCUACCCCAAGGAGCGGGCAGAGGUGUGCCAGGAGGUGCUGAGCUGUGUGCGCUGGCAGCACUUCACAGACAAGGACCAGGCCUACCUGGAGGGCCUUAGGUCCAGGCCUUGGGUGCGCAAGUAUUGCCUGCCGUACCUUGACGCCGUGCUGCAGGACAAGGACGGUAAACCCAGCGUCGCCGUGCAAGAGAGCAGCCCCGUGCGCAGGAUCGGCAUGCUCGCCAAGGAAAUGGUCAUCUUCUUCGGCCACCGCAAGGAGCCUUUCUUGUGCUAUGACCCUUACUCUGGGGACAUCUACACCAUGCCUUCUCCUCUUAGUAACCUAACCCACGGCAAGGCGGUGACCUCCUCGGCCGUGUGCGUCUCCCCGGACAAUGACUUGUACUUGGCCACUCAGCCCAUGAAACAGCUGUGGGUGUAUAGCCCGGUUCACAACACGUGGCAGCUCCUGGCAGAACGCUUGCUGUGCAGAGAGGGCAUGGAUGUGGCAUACCUGAACGGUUACGUGUACAUAGUGGGCGGCCAUGACCCGUCUUCUGGUGCUAAGAUCAAGGAUGUGGAGUGCUAUAGCGUGCAGAGGAAUCAGUGGACGCUGGUGGCUCCGUUGCCGCACUCCUUUUACUCGUUUGAGUUGGUUACGGUGAACGAUCGCCUGUACGCCAUCAGUAAUAAGAGGAUGCUCUGCUAUGACCCGGCCUGCAACCAGUGGCUGAACUGUGCCUCCAUGAAACGCUGUGACUUCCAUGAAGCCUGUGUGUACAAUGACGAAAUUUACUGUAUAUGUGACAUCCCCGUAGUGAAGGUCUACAAUCCCGCCAGGGGAGAAUGGAGGCGGAUUAGUCCAAUACCCACCGAGGUCAAUACGAACAACUACCAGAUUGUGCAGUAUGGGUCCAAACUGCUCCUCAUCUCCUGCACUAUUGUACAGUGGAAGAAGAACCGCGUGACUGUCCACGAGUACGACGUGACUGAUGACCGCUGGCUUAAUAUCGGCACCAUGUUGGGCCUUCUGCAUUAUGACUGCGGCUUCAUGUGCCUGUCGGCUCGCGUGUAUCCAUCUUGCUUGGAGUCGGGGCAGAGCUAUAUCACAGAGGAGGAUGAUGUCCGUAGUGAGUCCAGUACGGACUGGAUGGAUGGCUUUAGUGAGCUGGACUCCGAAUCAGACAGUCUAAGCUCUUUUUCCGAGGAUGAAUGGCCAAGAGUAUCUCUGGCAAGGCCACGGAUAUAUCUAGAAGGCUCUUUUUAACCCAUGGAAAACCUUAUUUGUAUUACCUUUUGAGAUGUCCCUCAAGGUUCUUGAGCCAAACCAUCUGCCUCUGAAAGUGAUCUGCUGCACUACUUGAAACCUUGUCCCGUCAGCGAGGAUCGCCUCUUCAGCCAAGGGGUAUUCUGGUUAUUUGAAGUUAUCCCCUUUCCACAGGAUAGAGGUUAACUUCAAGAUUAGUGGGGGUCCUACCGAUGGGAAUCCCACCGAUCACAAGAAUGGGGGCCUCCUGCAGCCCCCCCUUGAAAUGAAUGGCGCACAUGUGCGUGGCUGCUCUGCUCAUUUCUAUGGGCGUUCUGGAGAUAGCUGAAUGCUGUACAUUACGUCGCUCCAUUCCUAUAGGAAUUCCGGAGAUCGCAUGCCCGACCAGCCACUCCGUUCAUUUCAGGUGGGCUGCAGGAGGUACAGGGCCCCCACACUCGUGAGCUGAGGGGGGUCCCAGCGGUAGGACUAGUAUAAUAGUUAUCCUGUAUCCUGCGGGCAGCUUUAAACAACUGAAAUGCCCCUUUAAGUUUAUUCACAAUGUUCACAGAGCAGAGACCUGUUGUUUCCUUAUGUAAAGUUUUCACUUUUGUUCUGUAAAAGUGUACUGCCAUAGUGUUUCUUUUUAGGGUAGGAUGGAGUAUUGCGACCAUUGGCACGGUCAGGCAAGGGACCAUUUUUUUCCCCCUGCACUUGAAAACAUUGGAGGAGAUUUACUAAUUGAAAUGCCCUAGAAUUCUGGUGUAAUUUGUGCCAAAAAAACAGGCGUACUUGCUUUGUACCACAUUUUAUUUAAAAGCACUUUUUUGGGGGUCAGUCAGCAGGGGGUAUGGCUUAGUUAGAAAGUGUGCCAAAAUUUUGGCCCAUGAUUUUGCCAUAAAAUAAGCCAGCUAAUGGUGUAGACUACAUUCUGCAGAUGCCACAGCCACUUUAGUCUUCAGUGUACAUGGUGGUACAAAAAACGGUAUUAGUAAAUCUGACCCAAAAUUUAGUAUUUUGAGAGAGAAGUAUUUCUCUUGACUUAUAAGGAGGAGUAACUUCAGUUUCUUUUCUUAGGGAUACUUUGUAGACCUCACUGGAAAGCAUUUUUUUUACAAUGUAUUUAAAGGGGUCUGAUUCAAUAUUAAAAGUUUUGAAAAGUUAUAAUUUACAUUCUGUGAAAAGUUGGUCUCUGACAGACUGUAUGGACUUGCUGUGUACCUCUCCGUACAGCUGUUGUGUGGCCCCAUGGUGCACCCAGGCAGCUGUGUGGAGAGUCCCUUUAAGCUGACAGGUAUGUUCUCUUUAGACUGGGCUACACACAGACCAUCUAACACCAAAACCUUUGUAACUGCCAAGGAAGUGCUACAGGCAAAUAGCAUGUGUUGUGCACUUUGCAUGCAACUUUAUUUUAUUUUUUUGAUUGGUCAUGAAAGUGUUAAGUGUCCACAGUUUAUUCCUGUAUCUGUGGUGUUACAAAGCCUGUGUUACUCCAGCGUUGAGGAGUAUUGUUGAGCGAAGCGAGCUUCAGAUGCUUCAUCCUAAGUCGCUUCGUUCAUAACUUCAGAAUAGUACUGUCCGGAGAUCCUUCUCCGUACAGUGUUGGAAUGUAUGGGCGCCAAUGAGCCAAAGUAAGUUAUUCACAAACUCGCGCCUGACUUUGUUGAAUAACUUCGGUAAUUGAUUUUUAAAGUGGAAACCCAAUUUAAAACUUGAAACCGAACUCUGCUUUGGUUCUGACUAGUACCUCGGACCCGAAACAGAGUUCAGUUUUAAGGUGGUUUUCCACUUUAAAAAUCAACUAAUGAAUUUAUUCAACAAAGUCACUCGUGACUUUGUGAAUAACUUACUUCGGCUCAUCGGAGCCCAUACAUUUUAAUCCAGUAUGGAGACAGAUCUCCGGACAGUAUUCAGAAAUUUUAAACUAAGCGUCUUCGGAUUAAGCAUCGCUCAACACUAUCAAGGAGCAUCUGUCGCCUCUCCUGAUGUAUGUGCUUGUAUACCUGAUGGAAUAACAAUUCUGGAGCAUUUUUUUUAGAACUGUUCAUUGUGCCAUUCCUCUAGUAUUCCUCUACACCACACCUAUACUCUGAAAUUAUCUGACCAUUUCAGAGUCUAUGGGGACACACUCCUUUGCCAGGUGGAAUGAGAACACCCAGUUGUCAAUCAUCCAUAAAUAUUCAGGAGAAUUUUGGUAAGGCGGGCACAUCAGGUGGGGUGACACGUUCCACCAAGUCAUGUUACUAGUAGAAAUGACUAAGUGUCGGCUCUGGUUAAUGGGUUAGCCCCAAGGUUAAAAUGAAAGGGGUUGUGUCCUCUUGCCUUUACUAAGGGUAGGUUCACACCUCCAUUUGGUUGCUUAAGCUCACCAGAUCCGGCCUAGCCUGAUACUGCCACUCGCCACCAGACCACGCUGGGCACUUUCCAGCAUAAGUGCCGAUUUGUGGCUGGACAAAAAUCGCUGCAUACAACAGUUUGUCUGGCUGAAAGCCGGCAUUUCGCCAGAAAGCGACUGGAUCCCCACCAGGUCCCGUCAAUGGAGUCCGGCAGUGAAUGGCAGUAUCUGGCUAGGUCAGAUCUGAUAAACUCCGGCAGGCUGUUCUCUGCCAGUCUAACGAAGGUGUGAACCUACCCUCGGGUGAGCUGGGACUAAGCCCCGACCACCAGGUGUCUGGGAAAUAGCAAAGUGGGCUGUUCCCAAGCAUUUUUCGAUGGGAGCUACCGAAAUGGCGAAACGCCGGCCCACUCUGCUGUUUCCCGGCCACCUGCUGGUCAGGGCGUAGUCCCAUCUCUGCUUAGUAAAGGCGAGAUGAGGCAACCCCUUUAAGCGCCUGAUAGGGUGGGACCAUUGACAACUGAUCAUGAGAACGGGGAUCCUGCGAGCAUGUGUACCAGUGAUCCAUUCAUCUCCACGAGAUUGCCAGAUAUGCUGAGCAUUGCAAUGUACCUCGCCAUCUCUGGCAGUCCCAUGGAGAAUGAAUGGAGCGGCAUGCUUGGCACACGCCCUUUAAGUAGUUACCUUGUUUUGCUAUCUAGCACAUGUAAAUUCCCUUUAAUCCUGACUAUCGGUUGUGGCACUGAACGCCCUGAUAACCUGGAGAGAGAAUGGAUGGAGAUUAGAAGCCACUUCAGAGCAGUCGCCUCAUAUAACCCUCAUCAUUUGUAGAGUACCAUUUCUCAGGCUGUCAGCUUAUUGUCAUUGGGUGUAUGUCUUCCAUGAUGGAUUCCACUUUUGAAAGUUAUUGAUUAAAGGAAUUUUACUAGA